AUUCCAGUGCUGGUAACUUUGCUCAUCCUGUGGAAACUAAUGUGCUCGUCACUGCGCAGCAAGAGGUCCAGGUUCUUGAAAAGCUUAGAUCCAAUCCAACAGGCCUACACUCUGUACGCGCUCACUGCCUUCGUGGAAUUUCCAUUUCUAACCAACAACGCUCUCGAGUUCGCGAUCUUUCGUACGGUAUGUGAUCCCUUCCAUCUCCAGCAUUCUCGUUCGCACAGGACAGCUUACUGGUGCCACUGCCAAGCGAGCGGAGGAGACGGGCAUAGUGUUCCAGGAACUGAUUCUCCAUGUCGACAGUCACCGUGGAUCUUAUGCCAUUGGAAGGGUGAACUUCGUGUAUGGUCGCUACAGGCCGUCUUUACGCUCUCGCCCUCUUCGUUCUACAGCCUGCUAAGUGGGCCUCCAGAUUUUGCUUUAGAGACUGGACUGACGCCGAGAAGCUCGCAACUUACACAUUAUGGCACGAUAUUGGCACCGGCAUGAGGAUCAAAGGCAUCCCCAGCACACUGCAGGAGCUCUCCGACUUCAAGGGCGAUUACGAGCGUAAAAACAUGGUCUUUGCAAAAACCAACAGGGAAAUUGUGCCACGGUAGAACUGGUAUUGUCUACUUUUCCAUCCGUUCUAAAACCUCUGGGAAGAAGGGUUUCUUGGACGACCGGCUCCAAGAAGCUUUUGGCUAUCGGAAGCAAAACUUCGUCAUCACACUGGUCGUCUCAAGUUGGUGUUCCGGAGCUCAAUAUCGAUGCUCAUGCCUCCGAGACAACUCUCCUUCUCGACUGCCAAGAUAGUUCCAGAUUCAAGUGAGAAUCCAGGAAUGGACGACCCGGACAGUCUCCUGCCACUAAAGUAUCACAGUUACAAGCCUGCUUCUUUCCAAACGGCUACCGCCUCAGCGAAGUUGGCUUGACACCCGGAAGAAUCUCCACGCCAACUUUUCCCGGACCACUCUUAUGUCCACUUCGAAAGGCGACGUAAGUUGGCGGUGUCGUCUUCUGCCAGCCAAGUAACAUCAGCACACUAGAGAAGCAGCAGAUAGGCAAUAUACUUUUAGUUUCCGCCAUGGCCACCGAUUCUUCCAGCUCCAGCUCGGGUUCUUCCGUCGUGGUAGUAGUUCCAUUGCCGGCUCAGGGACACACUCCAGCGCUUAUUCACCUCUCCAGGAAACUAGCCGCAGAAGGAUUCUCCAUCGUGAUCGUCAACGUCGAGAGCGUCCACAGGAAGAUCGCUGCGAGAUGGAAAUGCUCGCCGCAGCUCGACAUCCGGCUCGAGUCCAUUCCGUUCACAUCGUCCAUUCCGACCAGGCUCGACGCUCAAGCUUUGAGCCAACGACAAGAGCUGCAGAAGGCUUUGUUUGAGCUCCGAGUUCCCUUGGAAGAGCUGCUGGUGUCCAGACUUAUAGGCGAGCAGGGGCUGGAGAUCAAAUGUAUCAUCUCCGACUUUCAUGCGGUCUGGACGACUCCGGUGGCACAAAAGCUGGGAGUUCCUCAGGUGUGCUUCUGGUCUGGAUCUGCAGCUUGGGCUUUGAUCGAUCGUCACGUACCACUGCUUGUUGACUUGGAAUACAUUCCAGUACCAGAAGCAAGUUCAUCGCCUUGUGUGGACGACGAUUCUACUACACAAGGUUGCAGCUUGAGAGGUGAAAAGAUGAUUUCUUUUAUUCCGGGGAUGGAUCCCUUUCCAGCCUUGGAUCUUCCAUACUACCUUCAGGAAUUCUCCAAAGUGCCAGUGUGGAGCCUGGUCGCAAAGUCUCAACGUUUCAACAACGACAAGUGGUUCAUCGCCAACACUUUCGAGGCACUGGAGCCGAGAGAAACACAGGCCAUGAAGCAGCUACUGGGAGAGCAAAACUUCCUGGCGAUCGGGCCUCUCUUGCCGCUGGAUCAAGAGGGGCUGGAACAGGUGGUGAGCCUGGAGGAGGAGGAGCUGGGCUGCCUCGAGUGGCUAGACUCCCGGCCGGAAGGAUCGGUCCUCUACAUCUCUUUUGGAAGCCUGGCGGUCCUCACGCAAGAGCAGUUCAUGGAGCUGGCACUGGGAGUAGAGAGCAGCGGCAUUUCAUUCCUCUGGGUGAUCCGACCAGCGUUCUUACCGCAGGGAGAUCUUCCGACCAUGGAGUUUUUCCAGGGAUUUAGGGACAGGAUGGUGGCGGAGAAGAGGUCGAUCAUCGUCCCGUGGACGCCUCAGAAGAGGGUGCUCUCGCACGCGUCCAUAGGAGCGUUCUUGACGCACUGCGGCUGGAACUCGAUCGUGGAGAGCGUGUGGAGUGGAGUGCCGAUGCUCGGGUGGCCCUGCCACUCGGAUCAAAACUUGAAUUUGCGGCUGCCAGUGGAAAGUAAAGGGAUUGGAGCUCGCGUUGCUUGUAGCUCCAGGAGGAUGGAGGUGGUGCACAGGGAGAGAGUGAGGGCGGUGGUGAGGAAGGCGAUAGAGGAUGGAGGAGAGAUGAGAGGGGCUGUCCGUGAACUCCGGGAUCUCGCGGUAGCGGCAGUGGUAGAGGGUGGAAGCUCGAAUAGAGACAUGGCCACCUUUGUCGAGAGAUUGAGAUCAUUGUGAUAGUAUACAAAGUUGUUCCUUUUUUCCUUGGAUCAAACAAAUACAAUUUUUCUAGGUUCAAA